UCUCUGAGCUACGAAAUCAAAUUUCCAAUAGGCGCGCAUCCUGGGAACGCUGCCUACGAGAUCGACAAGACGAAUAUGAGAUUUGUUGCAGGUGGAGCUCGUGUGCCCCAGGACGAAGUUCUAUCAGAUGAUGAAGCAGACCGAUUGAGGGCUGCCUUCAAGGAGCGAGUCGAAGCUAAGCGGAAGUGGACGGACGCAGUCGAGACCGAGCUCAUAUGUGAUGAUUUUUCGUUGAGAAAGAUAGUCAAUGCGACGAGCCAGAUGGUGCAGGGCAAGCUCCCAUAUAUUCGAGAGUACCUCGAGACCUCCCAGGAAGCGGAAAUAUUUCUUCACGGGAUCGAAUCAUGGGAGAUAUCUCAGCAUUACUCGUCUGAAGAAGAUGAUGAAGACGGCGAGGAGGCAAGCGCGGAAGAUAACACCGUUAAGACGUCGGGGACGACUGCGCUGCACAUGGCUGCAUGCGAGGCAUAUCCCCAGAUGGUUAAACUCCUUCUCUCGAAAGGCGCCGAUGCAAAUGCUGCAGACGUGGAGGGUCGAACUGCGCUCAUGGAGGCGGCGUUGUGGGGCCGGCUGGAAAAUGUGGAGGUCUUGUUGGGGUACGGAGCUGACAAGUCUCUGACAUGCGUCGAAGGUAACCGGCUUCUGCGAGCUGUUGAUUUUGCGAACCCACUGGGGAAGAAUGCGCAAUCACGAAGAGCACGCGCAGGUGGCGGUUCGAACUCUGAGCCCAUCUAUAAGGAAGAUACGUACGCGAGGGACAGGGACCGCAGAGACAUUGUCCGCCUCCUCAACGAUGCGGCAGAUGAGCCAAGCUUUCCCCAGCUAGACGGAUUCGCUUUCUGGCGGCCCCUAGGUGAUGAUACUGCGCUUUCUCUGACGACUCAAUACGGCCUGCCCUCCUUAAGGAAGACGGUUGCUCGCAUGUCUCGCGACGGAGGGCUUCCAGAAGUCUCUGCGAUGAGCGGCUGGUCGCACCUGCAAAGCGAAAGCUUCCAGGUCGCUGGAAGAGACUGGACGGACGAG